AUGGGUCUCUUUGGAAAUAAACGUGAAAAAUCUGAAAAGGCAGAUAAAUAUGAAUAUAAUUCAUCUGGUAAAGGUGCUCGAUCUGGAUAUGGUCCAUCAUCAAUGGCUGGUACACCACCAUCACCAUAUUUAACAGGUGGUUCUCCUUUUUUUGAUGCUUAUGGACAAGUUGCUCCACAAGGUAAAAUGGGUAAAUAUGGUAAAUAUGGUGGUCAAAAUAAAAAUCUUUAUGCUGCUGAUCCAAUGCAACAAGCUAUGUUAUUACCACCUCAAUCAGCUGCUGCAAUGCAAGCUCAAGCAGCAGCUAUGUUACAAAUGCAACAAUAUAUGCAAGGACAAGGCGGUGCUGGUCAAUUUGCUGGUAUUCUUCCACCAAUACAAAUGCCAUUAAGUGCUGCUCAACAAGCUGGAUUAGUUCCAAAUCAAGUUCAACCAUUUUUUGGUUUUGCUGGACAACAAAUGGGAACACCUUAUUUUGAUCCAAAUACUGGAGCAUAUCAACAACAAGGUGCAUUUGCUCCUUAUCAACAACCAAAUAUGUAUGAUCCAUCAUUAGCAGCAGGAAUAUAUGCUGGUCCAUAUGGUUAUAUGCCAGCUGCUUUUUAA